AUGACGAUCAGGAAAAAGACCUGCGAGGUGUUGGGAGCAGAAGGGAAGCCGUUUAAGGCCUCCAUAAUAAAUAGUGUUGAAGUAAAAGGAAACUCUCGGCAAGUGAUCGCCGAUUUUAUCCAUCUACCAGACUUAGAUACUAAUCUGCUCAGAAGGGACUUACAAGUCCAGCUGGGGAUAGAGGUUAUCCCAGAAAAAGGCAGAAUGCAGUUAGUGGACACAGAACCAGUCGUGUGGACGGAGGAGGAUGAAAACCAAUUGAAGGACUUAAAACAUAAAUUGUCCACAGCACCUGUCUUGAGCUUGCCUGAUUUAAAGAAAGAGUUCGACCUGUUUGUAAAUAUUGAAGAAGCGGUUGCGUAUGGGGUGAUAACUCAGGAAUGGGCCCGAGCUCCGCCGCUCGGCAGCGCGGCCGCCGGCCCCGAGCCGCCGCUGUCGCGUCCCAAGGAGCGAACGCCUGGGGAUGCCCGGCCCGGGGCGGUUGAGGGGCGCUCGGGGGCCGUUCCUGGCCCCGGGCCGAGCGCUGACAGCCGCGUCUCGCCGGCAGGGAAGGCGCAGCACGGCCUCAAGGAGCAGUACCGAGUGGGGUCGCUCCUGGGGCGCGGCGGCUUCGGCAGCGUCUUCGCGGCGACGCGGCUCUCGGACGGCGCCCCGGUGGCCAUCAAAAGGGUGCCACGGAACCGCGUCCGGCACUGGGACCAGCUGCCCGACGGCACCAGCGCACCACUGGAGAUCGUGCUGCUGCACAAGGUCUCCACUGGCUUCCCUGGUGUCGCCCAGCUGCUGGAGUGGCUUGAGCUCCCCAAGGACAUCAUCAUGGUGCUGGAGCGCCCUGAACGAUGUCAGGACCUCUGGCAUUUCAUUCGGGCACGGGGGUUCCUGUCAGAGGAGGUGGCGCGGGAGCUGUUCCGCCAGGUGCUGGAGGCCGUGCAGCACUGCACCAGCUGCGGGGUCCUGCACAGGGACAUCAAACCAGGGAACAUCCUGGUUGACCUGGCCACCGGGCAGGCCAAAUUGAUCGACUUCGGCUGUGGCACCUACCUGCAAGACACGGCCUACACUCACUUUGCAGGAACACCGUCAUACAGUCCCCCGGAAUGGACCCACUUUGGCUGGUACUAUGGCAAGCCAGCUACCAUCUGGUCCCUGGGCAUCCUGCUGCACCAGAUGGUCUGCGGGGAGCACCCUUUCAGGAAGGGCCAGAACAUCAGCUGGGACCAUCAGCUCUCGCUGCCAGAACGGCUCUCUCAAGAGUGCCAAGAUCUGAUCAGGAGGUGUUUAACCAUGCUAGACAUGGACAGGCCUUCAUUAGAAGACAUCUUCUGUGAUCCUUGGAUGCAGGAUAUUCAUCUGCCCUAG